UAUUUUUUUCAUUCGAUUUAUUAAACGUCUAAAUAUUAAAUUAACUAAAAGUGUAAAUAAACAAAGAAAAGUUAAGUUUUAUUUAUUGACGCUACUACACUACGUAUUUUUUAUUUAAAAUUCCAGUAAAAAUGGAAACAAACACUAAUGAGAAUGAAGCUCAAAAUGUUCCUUCAAAUAUUAUUAUAAAGUAUCCUCUACUUUCUUUUGAAAAAACCAUUUUUAUUGAUGUAUUUGAAAAGGAUGCUCUUCUUAUACUGGCCAAGGGAAUAAGUUACAAUAAUAUAAUAGCAAAUCUUCUGUGGAUUUACAAAGAUCCCGGAAAUUUAGUUCUUGUAAUAAACAGUAGUGAACAUGAAGAGAAAUAUUUAAUGGAAAAAUUUGGCCUUAAUGCUUUACCUAAUCUUGGAUUAGAAAGAGAGAAAAGUUACUUAGAGGGUGGUGUUCAUUUGGUGUCAACAAGAAUUUUAGUUGUGGAUUUAUUGAAAAAUAGAAUACCUAUCUCUCAUAUAACAGGCAUUAUUGUCUUAAGAGCUCAUACAGUAUUAGAAUCAUGUCAAGAGGCAUUCGCUUUGAGACUAUACAGACAAAAUAAUAAGACAGGUUUUAUCAAGGCAUUUUCAAACUCUCCUGUUAGCUUCACCUUUGGUUAUCACCAAGUGGAGAAAGUUAUGAGGGCUUUAUUUGUAACUGAAUUAUUUUUAUGGCCCAGGUUUCAUGGUACAAUAAUUAAAAGUCUAAAGAGCAGGCAAGCACAAGUUGUUGAACUACAUGUUAAUCUAACUACGAAUAUGAGUAAUAUACAGACAUGCCUCCUUGAUAUUAUGAACUAUACUGUGAAACAACUGAAGAGCAUCAAUAGAACGUUGGACAUGAAGGAAAUUACAACAGAAAAUUGUGUUACGAAAAAAUUCCACAAAAUACUCCAAUCUCAGUUAGACUGUGUAUGGCAUCAGCUAAGUACGAGAACAAAAGAAUACAUUCAAGAUCUUAAAGUAUUAAGAAGCAUGAUAAUAAAUCUUAUUCAUGACGACUCAGUGUCAUUUUAUGCUUUGGUAAGCAAAUAUAGAACUCCCGAAUAUGCUAAAGUAAACUCAGGCUGGAUUCUUCUAGACUCUGCAGAGCAAUUGUUUCGCUUAGCCAAAGGAAGGGUGUACAAUAAUAAAAAUGAAUUUGAUCCAGAACCCACUCCAAAAUGGAAAUGCCUCAAUGAUUUAUUAUUAGAAGAGAUUCCAGAAGAGGUAAAAAAGAAACAAGCUGGAAAUAUCAAUAAUACCAAAAUAUUAAUACUCUGCCAAGACAAUAGGACAUGCUCACAACUAAAUCACUAUCUAACAAUGGGUCCAAAUAAAUAUUUGUUUUAUACGGCCUUCAGAAGAGACUUGACUAUCAAUGCAGUAGCAUCCAAAUAUAAGAAAUUGAAAAAUCCAUGUGUCAAAAUUGACAAUAAAGACGAAAAACCUAUCAAAAUAAAUAAUAAAGAAGAAAAAGAACCUAAAUCAAAUACUAAACAAAAUGUUACACAUGACACAAUGAAGUAUGAAUUAGAAGAUAAUGAAGAAGAAUUCAAUGCUGAUGAAUCAAAAUCAAAUUAUGUUUUAACUUUAACACAAAUGGCUUCUCAAAUCAAAGGGGCAAAAGAAUUGCCAAACGAGAGUAUUUUUGAACCUAUCUCUCAGAUUGAUAAUUUAGACAUAACUCAAAUUGAAACUGAAAAACCAAUUAUUUUAAUCCAAACAUUCAAAGAAAGUGGUAACUUUUUUUCACUGGAGAAAACACUAGAAUCUUUUCGCCCUGAAUAUAUAAUAUUAUAUCAUAAUGAUGUAUCUGCUGUAAGGCAAAUAGAACUGUUCGAAGCUAGAAAAGGGCCAGAUGAAUUAGUCAGUAAAGUUUAUUUUAUUGUAUAUGACAAAACUGUGGAAGAACAAGCUUAUCUAACAUCUUUGAAGAGAGAAAAACAGUCAUUUGAAUUACUGAUAGAAACAAAAAGUGUUAUGGUAGUGCCUUCGUAUCAAGAUGGAAAAACUGAAGAAUAUUUUAAUUUAAAUGUUGAAGAUGAAAAUGAUUCUGUAGAUACAAGAAAAGCAGGUGGACAAGUUACAAAGGAAAAACCGGUAGUCAUAGUUGAUAUGAGAGAAUUUCGUUCCGAUCUUCCAGCAUUACUUCAUAAAAAAGGCAUCAACAUAGAACCAGUCACUAUUGCGAUCGGUGAUUAUAUUCUCACGCCUGAUAUUUGUGUCGAGAGGAAAUCAAUAUCAGAUUUAAUCGGAUCUCUAAACUCUGGACGCCUGUAUACACAAUGUACCCAAAUGUGUCGAAAUUAUAGUCGGCCGAUACUGCUCAUAGAGUUUGAUCAGAAUAAACCUUUCAAUCUACAGGGACAUUUUGUAGUUUCAAGUGAUCUAUCAGGCGCUGAUGUCCAACAAAAGUUACAGCUUCUCACAAUACAUUUCCCGAGAUUGAAACUAGUAUGGUCACCAAGUCCAUAUGCUACUGCUGAGCUUUUUUAUGAACUCAAGCAAGGCAGAAAAAAUCCUAAUGUUGCAGAGGUAUUAGCCCUCAGUGGUGAUAAUACAGCAGACGAUAUGAACUAUGAGCGAUACAAUAUAGUAGUUCACGAUUUUGUACAAAAACUACCUGGAGUUACGUCAAAAAACAUAACUAGAAUAAUGAAUAAAGGGAUAUCAUUAGAUAAUUUAAUAACAUUAAACCAAGAAGAACUAGAAACAAUUAUUGAAAACAAAAAUGAAGCAGAAACAUUGUAUUCUAUACUACAUGUAAAAGCAACCCCAGCCGAUUUAAAUAAAGAAGAUAAACUAUUUGGGAAGAAGAAAUUUGGGGGAAAGAAUCUGUUUUAUAAUAAAAAAUAGUCUAAUUUUUAAUCUUAAUUUAUUAAAACAGUAAAAUUACAAUUUCAUAUUUCAGUGGUCAAUCAAUGUAUUGAAGUGUUUGUUACAAUACUGAUAAAAAAAAUAUUUUUACCAUCUAAACUAGGGACGCGUUUCUAAGACUAAAUGCAAUUUAACGCCAAGGACCUUAAACAAUCAAGACAAUGAUAAUUAAGAACAAAUUGUGUUAAGUUUCUAAUAACUACCAAUCUUCAUAUAUAUUAUAUAUAAGCAUAAAUGUUGUGCAUGAUUUUUACCCAAUUACACAAAACAAAGGAAGGUAAUGUAUUAAACAGCAUAUGUACGAGUAUAUUUGCUUACAUUUGUCCUAAUCUUGCAAGUGUCACUAUAGUGUCUAGAACGAUUUAAAGUUGUUUAGAAACCGUUUUUACAUAAAUUUUCAAUGCUUAUAAUAAAGCUAUGAUUAAGUUCUUACAUAAUUGCAAAAUAGUCUUAUUAACGUGAAAAAUAAUUAUUACAAUUUAAUAAAAAUCUUAACGCUUAACCGAAACCUUAAUUUCAAUACUUUAAAAUUUUAUCCGUCAUUAACUAAUGCGUUACUUAAUACAAUGAGAAAUAAUUAGAAAUACUUAAUAGGUACAAUAUUAUAGCGCCGGUCCCGGGGUAGAGCGAGAGGAGCGGUCGCUCUAGGCGCCAGAUGGCAAGAGCGCUAUAAACCUCAACGUGAAAAAUAAUUUCUGGGACAAAUCAUUUUGAUAGCGCUUUUUGAGUGGCGCGGGAGUAGUGUAGUAUUUGUAUAGAAGCAAAUUUCAUAAAUCUAUUAUGAAAAUUUAGGAAUUAUUAUUUACUUAAAACCUUUGAUUAUGAAGUAUAUUAUAGAUCGGUAACGUAAGAGAGAGAACCUGUAUGUUAGAGUGAGAUUCUUCUAACUUCCAUUUCUUAGAGAUCCCAAAGUGUCGAUGACAUCUUAUCGAUAGUAUCUAUUCAACAAGUUGACGAAGGCAACAGGCCGUUGCCUACAUACGCAGCUAUAAUAAUAUAUACAAAUUAAUUAUAUACAUUAAAACAAAAACGAAUUAAAAAUAAUUUAAGAAUAACAAACGCAACAAAAGACGCAAAAAAAAAAGAAAUUUCUACAAUUAAUUAUUGUUAAUCAAUGGUAAAAAAAGAAUUUAAGUCGGAUAACAUUUAUAAUAUCAUAUAUUGUAUAGUCUUUAGAGAUAUUAGCUUUUAAAAAUUUACGUUUUACUACAUAUGUACAAUUUAUUACAUGUGUACUGCAGUUAAAUAAAUGAAUAAACGUUUGCUAACUUUUAAGAUUACUAAUUGUUAAAUAAAGUUGUUUGAACAUUUUGAA